GGUUACUCCACCAACCAUGAGAACGACGCCGUUCAGCAUCUUCGCGAGUUUUGCUCGUUAGCCCGACCGAGGAAUCCUCACGUCAGUAUCGGAAUCCAUGGAGUUCUCUUCCUUCAAGUGGUCUCCGGCGGAGUCCGUCCAGUUCCGUCUGCUCUGUCCUGCACCGAGAACCGGCGCCAUCAUCGGAAAAGGCGGUUCCGUCAUCCGCCAUCUACAAUCCAUCACCGGCUCCAGAAUCCGCGUCAUCGACGACAUCCCGGUUCCUUCGGAGGAGCGCGUUGUGCUGGUAAUCUCUCCAGCGGGAAGAAUUUCCGCAGAUAAGGAUCCGAAGAAGGACGAACAUAGCAACGAUUCAUCGGAGAACCCUAACUCGGAGCAGAGGAAAGAACAGAGGAGUGAAACGAGCGGCACGGCGGAGCACGAUGCGGAGGAGAUGUCGCCGGCGAAGACAGCUCUGGUUCGAGUGUUGGAGAGAUUAGUGUUCGGCGACGAUGCUGCUUUCGGCGUUCGAGGCGAGGGCGAUGAGUUGGAGAAGUCGGAGACUGAGGCUUUCUGUAGGAUGCUUGUUGGAGGGAAUCAGGCGGCGUUCUUGAUGGGGAGAGGAGGGAGGAUGAUGCAGAGGAUCAGGCAAGAGAGUGGAGCUACUGUUAUGGUUUUGCCCAAAGAUGAGGUUCCUCCUUGCGCUUUUCCCGGUGAUGAGGUGAUUCAGAUGUCAGGGAAGUUCUCGGCUGUAAAGAAGGCCCUUCUUUUGGUCUCUCAUUAUCUUCAAAGCAGUAAUGCACCCUCGACAUGGGAAGCAUGUCCGUUUCCCCAGCAUGGUUAUCCGCCUGAUUAUCAUUCUGCGGAAUAUCAUCAUCAAUGGGAUUACCCUCCUAAUAUGAUACCUGAAGAUGUCAGACCCUAUAAUAGAAUGGUUAUCGAAGAGGACAUAGUGUUCAAGCUCUUAUGCCAGGCUGGUAAAGUUGGAAGCGUGAUAGGGAAAGGUGGUUCUGUUGUUCGAGCUAUUCAAAAUGAAACUGGUGCAUUAAUUAAAGUAGCGGAUCCUAUACAUGAUUCGGAGGAGCGGGUUAUCAUGAUAUCGGCAAGAGAGAACUUGGAGCAAAGGCAUUCUCCUGCUCAAGAUGCUGUAAUGCGUGUGCAUAGUAGAAUCUCAGAGAUUGGAUUUGAACCUAGUGCUGCUGUUGUUGCCCGGCUUCUUGUACAAUCACCAUACAUAGGUCGUUUACUGGGUAAAGGUGGUCAUGUAAUCACUGAAAUGAGGAGGGCUACUGGGGCCAGCAUUCGCGUCUUUCCAAAGGAUCAAGCUACAAAGUACGAGCCUCAACAUGAUGAGAUUGUACAGGUCGUGGGCAAUGUAAAGACAGUCCAAGAUGCUUUGUUCCAGAUAACAAGUAGGCUUAGGGAAGCAAUGUUCCCGGUAAGACCAUCGUUUCCAGGUAUGGGUGGCCCACCUUUCCUGGCUCCCUUUCCAGAAGUUCCACCUCCAUUUGGACCAAGACCCUAUCCAGCUUCUCCAGAUCGAUACCAUUCCCCGGUGGGAUCUUUCCAUGAGAGACAAGGUCAUCAUGGUCCUGGAUUUGAAAGACCACCUUCUCCACCAAUGUCUUGGACACCACAGGAUGGUCAUGCUUGGGGUGUGGCUGAUGUGAACCAUGGGUUUGCUUUGAGGAAUGAACCUAUUGGCAGUGAGAAUCAGACAAUGACAAGCAUGAAGGUAGAGAUAGUGAUUCCUCAAGCAUAUAUGGGUAACGUCUACGGGGAGAACUGUACUAACCUCAACUAUAUCAAGCAGAUAACGGGAGCGAAUGUGGUGGUGAAUGAUCCAAAGGGAGGAGCUACAGAAGGUGUGGUGGUGGUGUCUGGGACAUCAAACCAAACCCAUUUUGCUCAGACACUUGUUCAUGCCUUCAUUCUCUCGGGUCAGUCUUAGAAUUUUUUUUUCUUUUUCAUUUUCUUUUUUCCUUUUUGCAUUUAUUAAUUAUCAGAUUUUAGUUUACAUAUAAUACAUCAAUGAUCCUGUAUAUCCCCUAGAGAUGAUUACAAUACUCAGGAUGUGAUCUACAUGUUAGUCUUUAGAUUAUCUUCUUAUGUUUUUUAUGCUUAAAAAACCGACUAAUUCGUGUGUUGUUGCUGAUCGAAAGUACGACUUUGAUUUUGGUGGUGUUUGUUUUUCUUCUUCUCUAAUGUCACUUUUUUUGUAUGGAAUUUUCCGAUAAAAUAUGUAUUUUGGAAAGAAUAUAAGAUUGAUACCUAAUGUGCAGUAUGUGCUGUAUAAAUACGAUGUUGCCUGUCUGGGACAAUGUCCGUAUGUAA